AUGUUUUUCCUCUACAUCUUCAGCAUACUGUCGUUAAAAUUUUACAUCGGACAUUCCUCUUGUGAUGUUUUUAAUGUAGUAACUUCGCCUGAAAAUGAACAAAGAUUAUUAUUCUAAGAUCUUACAGAUGAAAUAACUAAGGACUAUUCUUGGGGAGUUUGGACAAAAUAUAUGCCAAUAUAUGAGCCCAUUGAAGACUUUGCAUAGAAAAUUAAACUGAUGCAUGUACUAUCAGAGAGUUUCGAUGAACGAAAUAAUUUAGUUUACUUUAUAGUUUUAGAUAGGGAGGAGUUGGUUAUGUAUCAUAAAUUAUUUAUCUAUACAAAUAAUUAUGUUGAAAUAAGAGAAUUUUAAGUUAAUCAGGAUUUAAUAUAAGAUAAUUGGGUUUUUUUCUAUUUUUGCUAUUCGCAAACAUCUUAAAUAUAUAGCAUAUUUUUAUAUGUCAAUGGAAAAAAAGAUAAUGUACAAAUGAAUUAAGGAGGGCCAUUCUAAAUUGAAAAUUAAGGACUGAAAAUAUAUAAAUUAGGGGGUUUUCAAACAAUCCGUUAUUAAAAUACAUAGUUAGAGGAAUCUCUAAUUUCUUUAAGUCCUUUUUCUGGGGAAAUAUCUGAUAUGGACUUAAGAAUCGGGACGUCAUAUUUCUAUAAUGAUAUCCCAACCUUUUUGUUAAAUAUUUAUGAUGCCAAUUGUGUGAUUUCGUUGUGUAAGAAAGAAAUAUUAAAUGGUUUGAUAAUGUAAAAAUAAUAUCUGGGAGACUUUGAUAAACUUUAAUUAGCUUAUAUUGAUAAGAAAUUCAUGAUUUAUGGAUGGGUAAAACUAAAUGAAUUAGAAUAGAUGUCUACUGUGAAGUCAGUUCUAAUGAGAGCCAGUUUAAGAAAGACUUAUUUUGAUGAUCUCUAUUAAGGCGAUAAGGCUAUUUAUUGGGAGUAUUUGCAAAGCAAUUAAAAUAAUGAAUAAAACGGAAUUACAGUAACAACUUAUCAUAAUGAUCCUACAAAACCACUUUCUUAAUACAAAACACUUGACAUUGACUCUUGGGUAUUGUAAGGGUCAUAAUAUUAAUCAGCCAUUACAUUUUGGCAUUGGUUUGUCUAUUAAGAAGGUGUGAAUGAUAAUAACAAUAUUAAGUUAUCAAUUUAUUUUGGUUCAAGUAAAAAGACUUAAAUUUAUUAAAUGAGACAAAUUCAUUUUGAAAAGUCUUCAUUAUAUUUUACAAUAGGAGGUGAUAAGUUCAAUAAGAAUUUUAGAGGAGAAAUUCGUAAUUUAACAUUUUAUUAUUGUUACACUUAAGAUACUCCUAAAACUAAAAUCUGUCAUUAUAGUUGUAAAAGCUGUUUUGGACCUGAGGAGACCUAAUGUAUUGAAUGUGACGAGACUGAUGCAUAGAAAAGAACUUUAAAUCAAGGAUCUUGUAAAUGCUAAUCUGGGUAUGUUGACAAUAAAGAAAAAGGAUGCUAACCUGUAUCAUAACUAGUUACAGUUGAGAUUCAAGAAGCAUAGGAUAUUGAUGAUUCAAAUUGUAAAUUGGGUGAAUUCUUAGUUCUACUUUAUGAGAAGGCUUAUUGUUUAGCCUGUCCAGGGUAGUACACUUCUUCUAGUUUGAAUUGUGUUGAGUGCAUAGCUGAUCCAAAACGUUGGUAUUUAAAUCCGACUUGCAAAAGCGAUUACUUUCAACCAUUAUAAGAUAAUACGGAUUAUGUUUAUUUAGAAACUCUGCGUAAUGAAAUAGAUUAUUAAUACUACUUGAUUAAUCAAUUUAAUUUAUCAGAAACAACGGGUAAUUUCAAUUUCAUUUAAAAUUAUUAACUGAACAUUUUAUCUAGAUUUGCAUGCAAAACUUGCUAUUCUGUUAUUAAUGGUGAAUGUAUCAAUGUUAAUAAGGACUGCAUUACUUGUGAUACUUCUGCAAAUUGUUUGAAAUGCUAAACUAAUUACACAUUAUUUGAUGGAUAAUGCUAUGAAUGUCCUUAUUAUUGUCCAAAUUGUAAAAAGAAUAAUACCGGUCUAUAUUGUUUGAGCUGCAUAUCUGGAUAUUUUUAUAAUUCUACUUCUCAAUAAUGUUAGUAAUGUGGUUAAUUUUGUUCUGUGUGUAUAGAAAAUGAGAUAUUGCCAUAUUUACAAUGUGUUCGAUGCAUUGAUGAUAAAAAAUAUUUUAUAUCUGCAGACAGAUUAAUGUGUAGAUUGAAAAAUUUUGAGCAUUGCGAAAUUCAAGCAGAAGAAUAUAUAUAGAAUGAUAACCUAAAUUUUUCAAUUAAAGAUCGGAAUCUUCCAUAUGGAUCAACACUUGAUAUUGUGGCGAAUUAUUCUACUUUGUCUACAUUCCCAGUUUGCUUAUUGUGUGAAGAUCAAUAUGUCAAUAAAUUAACUUUAUAUUCCUCAAAUGAAUGUGUUCAUGCCAGUGAUACAAGCAAAUUACCAGGUUUGAGAGAUGAACUGAAACAACUAGUAUUAGAUUCUCAGAAUCACUCAUAUUAAUUGUCAUUUUCAAAUUGGGCUAGUUCAACCACCAAUUAUACUGUAAUUUAUGGUAAACCAACCAAACUUUUGAUUACAAACAAUUCUGAUUCGUCCUAACAAAUCUACUACAAUUUUAGUAGUGUUGUGGUUUCAACUAAUUUUAUUAAUGAUGAUCCUUCCCUUAAAUGUAAAGAUCCAAAUUGUAUAGACUGCAUCAAAAACUAUCUUUGGUCUUCAGAGUUUUGUAUAAGAUGUCAAAAUGGAUAUUAUUCAAGUGCAUUCACAGGACUUUGUUACGUAUGUUCAGAAGAAUGUUAAGAGUGCUUACAUUCGCAUCAAGUUUAUCAAGAUUCUUGGAAGUGGCAAAUAAUCCCAUACUAUCAAUAUCGAAGCAAUAUAUUCUUUGGACUUCAUUACUAUAAUUAUUAUUGUGUCUCUACUGAUAAUGAAAAGUAUGAGCAAGUGUGUACUAAAUGCAAAGGAAAAGAUGCUUUGCAUGAUGGAAAAUGCUAUAAAUAUUGUAAUUGUGAUGAAUGUAUUUUCCAAAAUGGUUAGAAUAAAUGUUUGAGAUGCAAAGACUCGAAGACUUACAUUGAUGGCCAAUGUGUGAAAUGUCCUAAUUAUUGCGAUGUUUGCAAAUAAUUAAAAAAUUCAGAAAUCACUUAAAUCAAUCCCUACUUCGAUCCAAUUGAUCCUACCUUGUAUAGGUAUGCCAAGGCAUGCUUAAAGAAAUAAAGUAAUCCACCUGAAAAGGGUUUCAUAUAUCACGAUUCUAGUUUAGGAUUAGAAGUGAACUGCAUAAAUGAGGAAAAAUAACCAUGUUAUAAAUAUGCUGAAAAGACAGUAAAUUUGUAUUGUAGUUAAGAAAGCUUUGAUUUAGAUUACGGAUUAAUUACAAAUGAUAAUGAUAAAUUAUUAUUUUUAGAUCAAAACAUACUUUUGAAAUAAAUCUUCUCAUAAAGCACAUAAUCUCAUUUUUCUAUUUAAGAAAAUGAUUUUUUAAUUGAACUAUUUAAUGAGAAGAGUGUAAAACUUAUGAGAUACAUACUUAAAAUGAAACCAAACACAGGAGAAUGUAGGAUUCAACAGAACACCUUUGUAUAUUCUAAAUUAAGGAAAAAUGUAUUUAUGCUUCAAUCCUUGGAAUUGGUUUUAGAAUCAACACUUGAUCUACCAAUUUACUUCGGGAACAACGUAACAUUUUAAUAAUUUACUUCAAUCACUUUCAAAAACAUACUCUUAGAUUCUCUUUCAGGGAUUUCUAGGAUUUAUUUUUAAAAUAAUUAAGAUGUUGCAUUAACUUUGAAUCAGCUUGUUGUAUCAAAUUGCAAUAACCUAUAAUUGUAAUUUAUAGUUGAAAAUCCUAAAUCAAUUGUUCUUUAAUAAGUGACUUUGAAAAAUACGGAACUUAUCAAUGCCGAUGGCUUUAUAAAUUAUUAUUUCACAAAACCAAAAUUAGAUAAAUAAUUGAUUAUUACUAUCAAUAAUCUAGUUAUUAAAGACUCUAAAAUAAUUAAUUCUCAUUUCCUCAUUCAAAACUUAGACACGAACUAUGGUAAUCAAAAGUUAAUUAUUAAUGGUUUUAAGUCUUUAAAUAAUGAAGUUGCCAAUUCCUAAAUGAUCUAUACAGAUUUGAAGAAUCAAAUAAGACAAUCUGAAAUUGUCGUUUAAGAUUUCCUUUCUGAUGGAGAUAAAUUAACAAAAUCGAGUUUCUUUGUUUUACAUGGUGCCUUAAGUAUUUUAUUCAACAGAACGACCAUUUAAAAUGGCAACUAUUAUCAAGAGGCAAUCUUAUUCAAGUUGCCUUUGUUUACUAUUCAGAAUUUUAAUAUCCUAGAUAACUAUUUUCACAGUUCUGAUAAUCGUGUAUUAACCAAUAUCUUGGACUCAUUAUAUGCAGAUAAUAUAAAAGAAAAUACCGUCAUUAUGAAUUCUUUGUAAUUUUCAGGAAACUUCUAUGUAGGAAAUAAUGUCUUUAUGGAAUUAAUGAGUAGUGAUAACUUUAUUAAUUUGCGUGUAGAAAUUGAUUAACUAACUCUGGCUUCAAAUUAAUUUGAAUUUUCUGGUAAAAUUAGAUCCCCUAUUAUUUCAUCGAAUUCAUCAAUUUAUCUAGAUGUGAGUCAAUUGUUAUUAAAAAAUACAAAGAUCGUACGUUCUUAUACAUUACCUGAAUUCUCAAUCAAUAAUGCUGAUAUGGUCAAAGUAGUUAAUUUUUAGGUGACUUCUAAUAAGGCAUUCCUAUUCUAACCUAUUCAUUCAUAAUCAAAUUGUGUUGGUUCAAACUUAGACUAUGGAUAUGGAAGCAUUUUUCAAUUUUAUAAUAUUAAGACAAUUAAUUUCGAAUAAGCUGUGUUGUAAAAUUUGAUAUCAAUCAACUCUCCCUUCUUCAUAAUAAAGUCUUUGGAACGGACUAAUUUUAGAAUUUAAGAAUCAAUACAUAUAACUGAUCAUUUCUAUCUCAAUAACAGUUUAAUUACCACUAGUUAAUCUGAAUAAAUGGGAAUCUUAAGUAUCAUUUCUGAAUAGGAGUAGAGUAUUAAGAUGAAUAAAAUCACAGCUUAGAAUAAUAUGUUACAUUGCUAUGAAAAUGAUCUAUUAUCUAGAUAAACUUCAACAAUACUUAUAGUGAAUCCAUACUCUAAUGUUAUUCUUGGGAACUCUAUUUUUUCUGAGAAUAUUGUCACUGAAAGUUUUGGUUCCAAUUUAGUGAUUAUGAGCAAAUCCUUAUUGAUAUAGAAUACCCAAUUUUCUGACUAGAAUGUAUUGAAAUAUUAAAAUCUAAAAGACAGAUUGGUUUGGGGUUAUUCAGCAGAUGAACAAAUUUACUUUGAAAAUUUAAAGAAUGAAUUCCCAAUAAAAUCAAAAGGAGGAAAUGCAUUUUUAUCUGCUGAAGAAAUCUAACUAGUGAAUAUCAGUACAAAGAAUUCUAUGGCACUUCAGGGUGGGGCCUUUUAUUUGUUUACAGUCUCAGAUGGAGUGGUAAAUAUCACUAAUUCUUCAUUCAUUCAAAGCUAAUCCAACUUGUUAGUUUAAGAUAAAUCUUAAGGAGGUACUUUAUAUGUAGAUGCAUCAUAAUCAACAUUAUAAUUUUGGUUAUCUAAUUGUGUAAUAUCUGGCAGUUAAAGCAGAAGGGAAGGAGGAGUACUAUUUAUUGAGCCUUCCAGAGAUUCAAAUUAAAUCAUUAUAGAAUCUAAUUUUGUAACUGAAAUCUAUUCUCUCUAUCAUGCUUUUCUCAAAUUGCCAAUCUAAUUUACUAGCAAGACCCUGAUUCUAAAUAUUUAAAUUUCUAAUUUGUCUGUGUCUAAUUCUGAUUCAGGAUAUUAUUAAUUUUAUGGAUAGGUACUUUAAUUAACUAAAAAUGAAAUAUAAGAUUAAGGAAGAAAUUCAUUAAUCUCAAUAGAAGGUGGUAGUAUAUACAUGGAGGAUGUUUACUUCUCUAAUAUCGACUAAUUUGGUAUCAUAAAUAUAUAGAAUUCUCAAUAUGUUUCAAUGAUUAAUGUUGGUAUCUAAUAUAUCAAAUUGAUAAAUGAUAAUUUAAUCCUAAUUAACUUAAAUAAAAAAUAUCAAUCUUCCAUAAAAUUUACAAAUGUAAAGUUGGAAUCUAUCAAAUAAUUUCAGAGCUAUACAUCGAAACCAACUAGCCCCUCAAGUACUCUAAAUGAGUAUAUCUAUAAAUGCCUUAAGAAUUUGAUUGCUCCAAAUAAGAUUUCAGAGUUUUACAAUUCAAAAUACUUAGAAUUUUACUCAAAUAAUAAUAUCUACAAUAUAUUUGCUUCAAAUCAAAUACCUAAGUUUAUAAUCGGAAUUGAUUAGGUGUCCUAGAAUCAUAAAUUGUAUUUUUAUUUAUUGAAGCUAAAUUCAAUUUUAUGUUAAAAUUGCAGUGAAGGAGUCUUCAAAAUUACUAAUAUAGAUGGAGCUCAAAAUCAAACUCUGAUUUAAUUCAAAUCAAUAAGUGUAUCUGAUAAUUUGUGUGGAGAAUUGGGCUGCCUAUUUUUAAGUAGAUCAGAUAAAAGUCAAUUGAACUUAUUUUCUUCAAAUAACAACCAUAGAUAAUUAGCAGAUGCUUCCUAAUUAAGUGAAUUAAUGGUUUUGGACAUUAAAAUAGAAGACAGCAAAUUUGAUAAUAAUUAAGGCUUGUUCGGAGGAGCUAUGUUGAUAUCAGGAGUGAGUACAAAUAUCAAUAAUUGUUAAUUUACAAAUAAUUAUGCUAAUAACACUGGAGGAAGUAUAUACUUUGAUUACAAAACGAAUUCAGAAUUAUUAAUAUUUAAUUCUUUAUUUGCAGACAAUACAGCAAACAUUGGUGGAGCAGUGUUUUUGGGAAAUUAUUCAAUAAACUCACCAUCCGUUUAGAAUAAUGCAUUUUUCAACAAUAAAGCAUUCCUUUUCGGCGAAAAUCAAGCCGAUCAACCAGUUAGACUAGCACUAUAAAUUGGAGAGAAAGUUUUAGAAACUACUAAUGUUAUUUCUGAUAAAAAUAAUAUCACAGAUAUUGUGAAAAUCGAUUCAUACUAAAUUGGAAAGAAUAAUUAUGAAUAUAUUAUGAUUCCAAGUGGAUAAAAAAUAAUUGAAUAUUAAAUUUUUGACGAAACACAAUAAUAGUUUAUUCCUUAUAAUUUUACUUUCAGAAUUCUUGCAAUUAAUAAGGAAAAUGGGCCAGUAAAGGUAUUGGAUGGCAGCAAAUGUACUAUACAAGGAAGAGAAGUUUUAAAUGAAAUAUAUGGAGAAUUUUACUCAAAUUAUACAAACCUUCCAGAAAUAUCCUUUAAUUCAACCAGCCAAGAUUAUAAUUUAGAUUCGAUGAUUGUAACAUUUUAACCUGAUCUAAAUACCUUUGGUUUUCUUUAGUUAGAAAUUAUGUGUAAUUCUGUAAAAAUACCUCAGUUUUCUAAAGAUCCACCAUAUAAAUUUUAGAAUUUUUUUACAAAUUACAGAUUACGGAUAAAUAUAUAAACGUUUUAAUGCUAAAGAGGAGAAUAUAAGACGGAUGAUGGAAAAUGCAAGUUAUGUGAUUCUUCGUCAGAUUAAUAUACUGUAAUUGCUGGUGAAAGAUGUCAGAUCAAAGAUUAAAUUAAAAUGGAAUAGGUAAGUCCAGCAAGAAUUAUGCUGAGGCCAGAAUAUUGGAGACCAUCGGAAAGUAAUGAAAAAAUCGAAUAUUGUUUGAAUUAGCCUGAAAAUUGCGUUGGAGGUUGGGAUCCUGGAGAUGGUCUCUGUGAUCUAGCUCAUAUAGGAGCACUUUGUGAAUAAUGCGAUAUUUAUAAUAUACGAGGUUAAGGAUCCUUCUCAGUUAGCACAUAAUAUAAAUGUGGAAGUUGCUCUAAUAUUGGAGACAACACAAUAAAGAUUGUAUUAAUUAGUGUCUGGACCAUGAUUUCUAUAUUCUUAUCUGUUAAAGGGACAAUCUAAGGAGUAGAAAAAAUGGUAGCACAGAGUAAAUUGUUAAAAUUGAAAUAACUCCAAUUUGAUUAAAAAGCAGGACAUGGAGGAGUUUUAAUUAAAGUUUUAACAAAUUACCUCUAGAUUAUAGGAGCUGUAGCCUUGUUUCAACUCAAAUUACCAAGUGCUUUACAAUCUACAGUAAGAUCUGUAGGUAAUCCUGUUGAGGCUAUGAGCUAUUCUUUGGAUUGCUUUUUAGCUAAUAUUACAGAUAUCAAUAUCAUAUAUUUUAGAAUGGUCUGGGCUUUGAUAAUGCCCAUCCUUUAUAUUUUUACCUUUCUCUUGAUAUAUAUUUUAGCUGUGCUAUUGAAUAUGACUUAAUCAAAUAGAAGUGCAAUAACUACAACGGCGAUUUACUUAUUCACCUACUUACAGCCCACACUACUAGGUGGUUUCAUUUCCUUAUUAUCUUUUCGUAAUAUAUCUGGAAUUUAUUGGGUCCAGGGUAAUGUAGCCUAUAAAUAUAUCACUCAAUAGCACAUUAAGUGGGUUACAGGAUUUGUUCUCCCAUCUUCUUUGAUCUUGGGAUUGUUCAUUCCAUUAUAUAUGUUUUUGGGAUUGUAUAGAUAAAGAUUUAAAUUAGAGGAUGAAAAUACUAGAAAGAAUUGGGGCUAUUUAUAUAAUGAAUAUCAGCAUAAUGCUUAUUUUUGGGAGAUAAUCAAGAUCUUUUAGAAAGGAUUUAUGAUCGUUUUUUUAACAUUUUAUGAAGAUUAAAUUAUCAUCAAAGGAGCUUUGAUAUUUAUGAUAGUGUUUAUUUAUUAGAUCUUUACGAAGAAAUUUAAACCAUAUAAAUUACGAUAAUUGAAUCUCUUGGACGAAGCUUUGACUUUGGUUUGUGGUGCAUCCAUUGUUAUGGGAAUGACUAUCUAUUAGGCUAAUACAUCAGACAACCAAGAGAUUAUAUGGCCAUUUUAUAUAUUAUUAAUUGCAAUAAAUGGAAUCUUUAUUUUUAUUCUUAUUUGGGAAAUCUUAUGGGCUCAAUUAGAGGAUCAUCAAGACAAUUUGGAUAAAAUUAGGGAUAAAAUCAAUGAGAAAUUCCCUGGUUUAAAAAAGAAGAAUGUAUUUUUUUACAGACUUUUAACUAAUAGAGCUCAACAAUAAUUAAAAAUAAAGAAAAGAUUCUAAAAGAUCAAAGCCUAUUUGUUUAACAUUGUUCGUCAAUAUCCUGGAUUUUAUAAUUAACCAAUUCAAGUAUCUUAAUUUAAAGGGGAAGAAAAAUUAUCAUCAUAAUCAGAUGCGAUGCUUUAUAAUGACUUUCCUGGAUAUCCGAAAACAUUCAACAAAAUAUAUCCAGCCAUGCCUUAAAGUUAUCACAGUUAAACAUCCCUUAAAUAAAGCGAGGAUUUCUAAUAGAAGGACCAUUGA